AUUUAUGUCAUCCUUCUCUCCCUUCUGCUCUGCCCCACUUCCUUUCCUUUCUUCCUUUUUUGUGUCUUGUUUGUUACCAUCUUUUUUCCGGUUGUAAUUCACAGCUCCUCCUUAUUUUUUCUUCCAGCUCCUCUACCCCACUUUGCUUUUCUCUUUGUUCUCAUUUUCCACAUCUUUCUUUAUAGUUAGGCCUUGAUAUCAGAAUCAUUUGGGGCUGUUUUUUUUUUGUGAGAUUAAGUCCAUGGCGGUGCUUCUUCUUCUGCUGCUUUUAGCAAUUUCUGGAGUAACAGCUGAUGAAGAUGCAUAUAUUGGUGUCAAUAUUGGAACAGACCUCUCGGACAUGCCUCACCCAACUCAAGUAGUAGCUCUUCUUAAAGCCCAGAAUAUCCGGCAUGUCAGGCUAUAUGAUGCUGACCAAGGCAUGCUAAUUGCUCUUGCAAAGACUGGCAUUCAGGUCAUGAUCUCUGUCCCCAAUGAGCAGCUACUAGGAAUUGGCCAGUCAAACUCCACUGCUGCUAAUUGGGUUUCAAAGAAUAUUGUAGCACAUUAUCCUGCCACCAACAUUACUGCAGUUUGUGUUGGUUCUGAGGUCUUAACAGCACUGCCAAAUGCAGCACCAGUCCUUAUCAAUGGCAUGAAGUACAUUCACUCAGCUCUUGUGGCAUCCAAUUUAGACAACCAGAUCAAAGUUUCGACACCUCUUUCUUCGUCUGUAAUCCUUGAUUCAUUCCCACCUUCCCAAGCCUUCUUCAAUCGCUCAUGGAAUCAAGUUUUGGUUCCCAUGCUUAGUUUCUUGCAGUCUACAGGCUCAUAUCUCAUGCUCAACAUAUACCCUUAUUAUGACUACAUGCAAUCAAAUGGUGUCAUUCCACUAGAUUAUGCACUCUUCAAGCCUCUCCCUCCAAACAAGGAAGCUGUUGAUUCUAAUACGCUUGUCCAUUACACCAAUGUCUUUGAUGCUACAGUUGAUGCAGCCUACUUUGCUAUGGCUUUCCUAAACUUCACCAACAUCCCUGUCAUAGUGACUGAAUCAGGAUGGCCAUCAAAAGGUGAUGCUAAUGAGCCAGAUGCAACAUUAGACAAUGCCAACAGUUACAACAGCAAUCUAAUUCGUCAUGUGCUGAACCAAACUGGAACUCCCAAGCGCCCUGGAAUUGCUGUCAGUACUUACAUUUAUGAGCUCUAUAAUGAGGAUUUGAAACCGGGGCCAAUCUCAGAGAAGAAUUGGGGAUUGUUUGAUGCCAAUGGGGAUCCUGUUUACAUUUUACGCUUGACAGAGUCAGGUUCAGUGCUAGCCAAUGAUACCACCAACCAAACUUACUGCACUGCUAGGGAUGGUGCUGAUCCAAAGAUGCUGCAGGCAGCUUUAGAUUGGGCUUGUGGACCUGGGAAAGUUGAUUGCUCACCAUUGUUGCAGGGGCAACCAUGUUAUGAGCCAGACAAUGUGAUUGCUCAUGCAACUUAUGCUUUUGACACUUACUAUCAUAAAAUGGGGAAGGUUCCUGAUGCAUGUGACUUCAAUGGGGUUGCCUCAAUUACAACCACUGAUCCAAGUCAUGGUUCCUGCAUGUUUCCUGGAAGCCUUGGCAGGAAUAGCACCACGACAAACAUAACAGCCCCAUCAAUGAACUCAACAACUUCAAAUGCUCCAGGUCGCAAAUUUUAUGGUCUCAGAGUUACAGGUUUAUUAGUGUUAAUCAAAAUUGUGCUGUGGAGUGUAAUUUUCUUGUAGGUUGGUGUUUGUAUGUGGGAAUUCUUUUUGCAAUUUAUUAGAAAAGUUUUGAAAUUAGAUGUUGGUCAUAGCUAGGGGGGUACCUCUUUCCCCCUCUCAUUUUGGAGGUAUGGUGAGUUGGUAGUUUUAGUUAAGGAAAAUGGUGCAUCCACUUUUGCACAGAUGCAAGACCUGCAAUAUUUAGAAAUAAAAGUUCUUUUUUUUU